AUGGAGACCUCGUCACCUCUAGCUGCCAUGCGGCCCCCGGCUCCCAUGUUCGGACAGAGAGGCCUUUUCCGUUCCCAUGCCCACUCCCACCUCUCCGCAAACCCCAGAGGGUCUGGCACCCUUAACCUCCGCGAGCAGUUUGGUCUACAACGAUCCUACCAGCCCUAUUCCGACUCUUUCAACUCCUUCAGCAACUCCUUCAGCAACUCCUUCAGCAACUCCUUCAAUGUGAAGGCAGUCCAAGGCUCGUCGCCUGCAGCCAGUCUUGCAGCCGACCUGUCUCAGAACUUCAGCAUCACAGAUGCGAGCCCUCACUUUCCCACACCUCGGCGAGCCCUCUUUACCACGGCGAACAUGAUGGAUGCAAUUGAAGGUCGUGAAUACUAUGUCACAACCCCUCCUCUUCCACCGUCCUCCUCCCCGGCUCCCACGACUGAUAUGAUGGAUGUCUCUCCUCUGCCACAUAAGGCUCCUUUCACUUCAUAUGUCGAUCUGUAUUCGCCGACUCCUGUCCAAUCCCCGGGAGACUAUAUGAUGUUGGAAUCUCCCAGUCUCCCGCAGAUGGUGUCUCCUGCUGUCCCGCAGAUGGCGUCUCCUGCUCUCCCACACAUGGCGUCUCCUGCUCUUCCGCAGAUGACGUUGGAGCCCCCAAAGCCAUUGAGCUUGGAGCCCCCCAAACCCGUCUUGCCUGAGCGAAGAAAGGCUGCGUUCCGCCGGCCGUCACUCAGCCGCCACAAAGGCUACUCGACUGGAGUCGUGCCCAACCGCAUGCAUGUGGAUACCCAGCUACAGUCGUUCCGGUUUGGUGAUGAUACCUCCCAUCGGCCCUCCAACUCGUCCAUGUCCCUGAGCGAAUGCUUCCAAGCCUCGCCACCCCAGGAGCGGCGUCCUCAGACCGCCAACAGCCCCUGUGCCACAGCUGUUGCUGGUGCCCGAGCGAAGCCUCAAUUCGCGAGCCUGAGUAGCAUGGGUGCUCUUAGAAAUGGCUCGCCUAUCAACGGCCACUCUCGCCGACCCUCGAACCCCUUUAUGAGGCCCCGUAAACAGUGCAGGCGCUCGUUGAGCAUGUUCGAGAAUCCCAACGAUGUGAUGAAGCCCAAGAAGGAAGACACUCCCCAAGCCACAAAGCUCCAAGCUGUUAUGGAUAUCGAGGAGCCUCCCGAGCCUGUCCUCCCUCAUUUCUUCGCCGAGGGAAAGAAUGACUGCAUCCCCCGCAUCUCUCAGAGUACCAUGCUGGAUGUCUUGGAUGGCAAAUACUGUGAUCAGUUCACCCAAAAGAUGGUCAUCGACUGCCGCUUCGAGUACGAGUAUGAGGGUGGUCACAUCAAUGGCGCCAUCAACUAUAAUGACAAGGAGCUCCUCGCAAGCCACCUGUUCCGGACCCCGAUGCAAGGCCGCACUUUGUUGAUCUUCCACUGCGAGUAUUCCGCCCACCGAGCCCCUAUCAUGGCCCGCCAUAUCCGAGCCGAGGACAGGUCGGCUAACGCCGAGUUCUACCCGAGGCUCACCUACCCCGAUGUCUACAUCCUGGAAGGUGGAUACAGCGGCUUCUUCACGGACCACCGUGACAGGUGCUAUCCUCAGGCAUAUGUCGAGAUGGGCGAUGCCCAGCAUGUCCGUACCUGUGAGCGCGAGAUGGGACGUCUGCGCCAGAACCGUAAAGGCCUUAGCAGGGCACAAACUUUUGCUUUCGGCCAGAAGAACCAGUCCAUCGAGAACUCGCCCACAGCCCCAGGCCGAUCCAACAACCGCGAGCCACUGGACAUGAUGAUGCUUGGUGCAUCGCCCAUCCUUGGCAAUGACCGUUGCCACACCCGUCGCAUGGCGUCCUACUAA